AAUUGUAUAAUCCACUUUCUAGUGAUGAUGGUGUGACCGAUUUUAAAAUUGGUGCUAUUUGGUCUAUGAAAUUCAGCAAGGACGGGAAGUUCUUGGCAACAGGUGGUCAAGAUACGGUUGUUAGGGUGUGGGCUGUUAUCUCAAGUGACGAAGAACGGGAGCAUUUUCUUGAAGGAAGUGGGACGAGUGUAUAUGAAGGUAUCAGUGGCGCAAAACUAGGAGCUCCUGUUUUUCGCGAUAAACCAUUGUAUGAAUAUCGCGGGCAUACGGCUGAUAUAUUGGACCUGAGUUGGAAACAACUUCUUACUUUCUUCAUCAAUGGACAAGACCGUGAGCAUACUGACUUUGUCACGGCCAUUGAAUUUCAUCCAAAGGAUGAUCGAUUUUUCCUUUCGGGAUCAUUGGACUGCAGAUUACGUCUUUGGAACAUACCCGAGAAAAGAGUCUCCUCUUGGAAUGAGCUUAACGAUUCUCAGUUAAUUACUGCUGUUGGCUUUGCUCUUGACGGUAAAAUAGCUGUUGCUGGAAGUUUAUCCGGAAAAUGUCUUUUUUAUGAAACGGACGGGUUGAAAUAUAAUACACAAAUUCAUGUGAAAAGUGCGCGUGGCAGAAAUUCACAGGGUAAAAAAAUAACUGGAAUUGAGUCAAUGCCGGGAACUCUUCCUGGCCAAGAAAAGCUAUUGAUAAGCUCGAAUGAUUCAAGGAUUAGAUUAUAUAAUAUGCGGGAUAAAUCUUUGGAAUGCAAAUUUAAAGGACUUGAAAAUACCAGUAGCCAAAUCCGGGCCACGUUUAGUGAUGACGGGCGUUAUAUUAUAUGUGGUUCUGAAGAUAGACAUGUAUAUAUCUUUAACACAGAUCAGUCUAGCAUAAAUUCAAGUCAUGGAAAUGGCAGCAACUGGCUAAAAAAAGAAAAGUGUGGUUAUGAAAAUUUUGAGUCACAUUCCGCUAUAGUAACAGUCGCCAUAUUUGCACCUACUCGUACAAAACAAUUAAUUAGUCUUUGUGGUGAUCCAAUUUUUGCACAUACUGUUAAUAAUGAAAAUACAGCUAAUCAAACUUAUCCUGAUGGCAAUAUAAUUGUUUGUGCUGAUUAUACUGGAAGUAUAAAAAUUUUCAGGCAAGAUUGCGCUUAUUACCCUUCUCGUGAUUCUGAUUCGGUCUCUUUUAGAAGUACAAGGAAAGUAUAUUUAAAAAUUAAUAAAAUUUCACUUAUUAUGUGGAAUCUUUAUGAAAUAUUUCCUUAA